AAAUUUGACGUAAAUGUACAUGUAAACAGGAGGAAGAAGUUGCAAUGGACGCACGAAGAAGAGAUAGGGAACAAAUUGGGUUAUGUGGUGUUGACAGAAUUUGGGGCAAAUCGCCAACACGGAUCGAAGAUUCUGAUGAAGAUGAGGAGCUUCACAAAUACAAGGACAGCAUCAUACUAAAAGAUAGAAAAAGGAAACACGAAAUGAAGAAGAAGAAAAGUAAAAAGAUGAAGAAAGAGAAAAAAUCCAAGAAGGAGAAAAAGAAAAAGCGUAAGAAGAAGAAGAAAAAAUCAGACAGUAGUUCUGAUAGUGAUUCCGAAGAAUUAGAAUGGGUAGAAAAGAAUGGAUCUAACGAUAAAGUAAAAGAUAAGAAAGGAUCUAGUUCAGAUGACAGUGGUGAUGAAAGUAUACUAGGACCAGUUCAGAAACCACAUGUCACAUUAUCAGCUAAAGACUUUGGUAAAGCACUUUUGCCAGGAGAAGGUGCUGCUAUGGCUGCAUAUGUAGCAGAAGGUAAACGUAUACCUAGAAGGGGUGAAAUUGGUUUGACAUCCGAAGAAAUUGCUUCGUAUGAAUCUGUUGGCUAUGUUAUGAGUGGUAGCAGACAUCGACGAAUGGAAGCCGUCCGUAUUCGUAAGGAGAAUCAAAUUUAUUCCGCCGACGAGAAACGAGCAUUGGCUAUGUUUAGUAAAGAAGAACGGCAGAAACGAGAGAAUCUUAUUCUGGGGCAGUUCAGAGAAAUGGUUAAUCAGAAGUUAGCUCAGGAACAAAAGAAUAAAUGACGUAAUUGUUUUAUACGAAAUGAUAAGCUACCAUUUUCAUCAAAUAUGAUAUUGUACAUAAAGAUUUCGAUUAAAAUCACGAGCGAUUAAUUUCA